AUGGCAAAUUCUUGUCAAAAGGCAAAAACUUUUUUUGGUACAUGCCAAACGAUUUAUAAUGUUUUUUCUAAUUCAACAAAAAGAUGGAGUGUUUUACUUCAAUUUAUAGAUGAUCUAACACUUAAAUCAUUAUCAUCUACUCGUUGGGAAAGCCAUAUUGAAAGUGUUAAAGCAAUAAAAACACAAUUUUCCCAAAUAAGAAAAGCUUUAAAAAAAUUAUCUAUAGAAAGUGAUAAUGGACAAGUGUGUAGAGAUGCUGAUUCAUUAGUAAAUGGUGAAUUUUCUAGUUUUGAGUUUAUUUUAAGUUUAGUUAUAUGGUAUGAAGUUUUGUACAAAAUUAAUUUGGUUAGUAAAAAGUUACAAUCCAAAGAAAUGCUUAUUGAUGUUGCUGUAAAAAAUUUAGAGGGGUUAAUUAAUUAUUUUGAAGGAUAUAGGGAAAGUGGGUUUGACUUUGCUAUUAGUGAAGCUAAAGAAAUAGCAAAUACUGUUAAAGUUAAACCCGAAUUUUUAAAAAAACGUGAUUAUAAAAGAAAAAAACAAUUUGAUGAAAUUCCAAAUACCGAAAGAGAACACCAAUCUUCUCAAGAAGCAUUUAAAAGAUAUUAUUUUAUUGUUAUAGUAGAUAUGGCUCUUGUUCAAUUGAAAAGUAGAUUUGAACAAAUGCAAUAUUUUGAAUCUAUAUUUGGUUUUUUAUUUGAUGGUUCCAAAUUAGUUUCUUUAGAUGAUGAUAAAUUAAAAAAAUGUUGUUUAAAUCUUGAGUCCAACUUGACAAGUGGUGAAGAAUGUGAUAUUGAUGGAAUUGGUUUAUUUAUUGAGUUACAAAUUUUGCAGAAAAUGUUACCUAAUGAAGCAUACAAAUGUGAAGGUCCUUGGACAUCUAUUCAAAUAAUGGAGUAUGCAAGAAGAAUGGAUAUGUUCCCUAAUGUUUUGGUUGCAUAUAGGAUCUUAUUGACAGUGCCGGUUAAGGUUGCUUCCGCGGAAAGAAGUUUUUCAAAAUUGAAGCUUUUGAAAUCGUAUCUCCGAAGUACUAUGUCUCAAGAAAGAUUGAAUGGAUUAUCACUUUUAAGUAUUGAAAGUGAUUUUCUACAAAAUAUUGAUUAUUGUAAAAUAAGAGAUAUUUUUGCUUCAAAAAAUGCACGAAGACAACGGUUUAGAUGA